ACAGUUUAGACUCAGAGCUGAAGUCUGAACUCCACCUUGAGGCAGAAUGAGGUUCUCCCUGGGAUUUCUGCUUCUCAUGCUGUUGGUCUACAGCAUCACUCCAGUCCAUGGUGUUCUGGAGGCCUUUAACACAAACUUAAAGUGUAAAUGCGUCCAAGAGACCUCAGCCUUUAUCCCCAUCCAACUCAUUGAAAAGCUUCAGGUCUUGCCUCCUGGGAAUGGGUGCCCAAACAAAGAAAUCAUAGUUUGGAAGAAGAAUAAGUCAGUUGUAUGCUUGAACCCUCAAGCUAAAUGGAUACUAAAAUUAAUAAAAAUGUUACAGAGAAAAAGUGCUGUUUCAACUCCAUGAGCUCCAGCGUUUAAGAGUCAACUGAUGCCAAUAUCCCUUCUAAGGACACCUGCCUAUGCCCCUCCUCCUGCUCUGGGUUUUAGUUUUGUAUUUGGCUGAGUCUUUCCAAGAAAAAGAACUUCCCCAUAUAAGCAAGCAUGAAAAUAUAUGUUAAAUAAGCUUACAGAAGCUGAUGCGGCCAACUUGAGCUUUUUAAAAAUUAUAGUACCCUUAUACACUUGGACUUUGCAUUUUUAUCAAUCAGAAAGAAAGUUUCCUUGAGGAUACUUAGUAAUAAAUCACACCGGUUUCUUUGAAUAGUAUACCUCUGGUUUACACUAAAUUUUCCUAGAAACUAGGGGAACAAGAAUUUAAACCUCAAAUCUGAACAUGUGGCUUGAGUUAAGAAGGAAAUGAUGGAAUUCAUUUCAAUCAUUUCACACCAUAAGAAAAGCAGGAUUCCAUAAGGGACUGAAACCUGCCUGGGAAACCCAGGGAAUUUCAUAAGAGACAGAGGGCUCUCAUAGUAGCUAUCUUCCAUUUAAAAGCUCACUAUUGAAAAAAAUGGAGUCCUUUUCUUUCGAAAGAGUUCUUUUACGAGAUUUACUGUCCUGGACAAAAACUAAAAACAUUCAACAAUCUCCAGACUUAAAUUCGUAGAAUAUUCAGGAAAAGCAUUUAAAAACUGAUAUUCAGAUGUCUUCUUUUAUACAUUUGCUUUGAUGAACUUUUCUUACUCAUAUCUUUUGCACAGACUUUUUUUUCCCCUUGGUUUCUGGUACCUGAUUCUUUAAUGCUUCCUGUUGAUCUAAUGCUAUUCAAUAAACUCAA